UACCGCGAGGUGACCGGUGUGAGGCGCCCGUCUCCUCCUCGCCGUCCUCCCCCUCCAGCGUGCUGACAUCAGCCGGCCGGCGUGCAGCGUUGGCGCCGUGCGUGCGUCCGUCUCCCUCCGUGCCACGACUCCGCUCUUUUCGGUCCAUCUUGCGCAGCGGCGAAGUGGCGCCGCGUCCUGAGCAGGGCCCAGCACACAGCGGCGCUUUUCCCGCGCUCUUUCGCGCGCGCUGUCGGAGCGCAAAAGGGGGAGGGGGGCUCCGGAGCUGCGCCUGCACGCCCAGCGGAAGCUCGCUGAAGAAGCUCCAUACGAGCUCGCAGACUUUUGCAACAGCAGCAACAACAACACCAACAUCAACAAGAGGAGAAGCAGCGCGGCGCAACGCCUCAUUACACCUCGGAGUUUAUCUGCUGUAACCUCGUUUAGGCGUCGCUCACUUUGCUCGGCCAAAACUCCUCCGUAUGUAGUCGCAGCGGGAGCAGAGCAGAGAGCAGAGCCAGGCUGUGGGCUGCGGGCAGCAGGAACAAUCCACCGUGCCAUUUAAAGAGACUCUGGCAUCCAGUGGGUGAGCCAGAUUAAGAGAUCUCGCGAGAGCGGCGGCGUGGCUGGCUGGCUGGCUGGCAGGAAGGUUGCAGCAGACGGAGGGAGAAGGCAGGCAGCAUCAUGGCGGACAGAGACAGUGGAAGUGAGCAGGGAGGAGCGGCCACGGGCCCGGGUGUGGGCCUGCACGCGGUGGCCGGAGGGGCGGGCUCGGCUUCCGGCCUGCAGCACGACACGCAGGAGCUGGCGUCCAAGCGCGUGGACAUCCAGAACAAGCGCUUCUACCUGGACGUGAAGCAAAACGCGAAAGGCCGCUUCCUGAAGAUCGCCGAAGUCGGGGCCGGCGGCAACAAGAGCCGCCUGACGCUGUCCAUGUCCGUGGCGGUGGAGUUCCGCGACUACCUCGGGGACUUCAUCGAGCACUACGCGCAGCUGGGGCCCAGCAACCCGGACGCGGCGCAGGACGAGCCGCGGCGGGCGCUCAAGAGCGAGUUCCUGGUGCGCGAGAAUCGGAAAUACUACAUGGAUCUGAAGGAGAACCAGCGCGGCCGCUUCUUGCGGAUCCGGCAGACGGUGAACCGGGGGCCCGGCUUGGGCUCCGCGCAGGGCCAGACCAUCGCCCUCCCCGCGCAGGGGCUCAUCGAAUUCCGCGACGCCCUCGCCAAGCUCAUCGACGACUACGGCGUGGAGGACGAGCCCGCCGAGCUGCCCGAGGGCACCUCAUUGACUGUGGACAACAAGCGCUUCUUCUUCGACGUGGGCUCCAACAAGUACGGCGUGUUCAUGCGGGUAAGCGAGGUGAAGCCCACGUACCGCAACUCUAUCACAGUGCCCUACAAAGUGUGGGCCAAAUUCGGCAGCACGUUCUGUAAAUACGCGGAGGAGAUGAAAAAGAUCCAAGACAAACAGCGGGAGAGGAGGGCGUGCGAGCAGCGGCCGGGGGAGAUGCAUGCUGACGAUGGGGACGAGGAUUGAUAAUUAGUGGGAGAGUGCAAGUGCGAGUAUGUAUGUACGUAUGUAUGUAUGUAUGUAUGUACGUAUGCGUGUGUGUGUGUGGUGGGGUGGGUAAACAUGCAAAAAAAGAAAAAAGAAAUAAUCAAAAUAACAAAGAAGUUAUAAGUAAAAGAACUUUACUGUACAAGAAAGAGAGAGAGAGAGAAACAUAAAGAUUUAACUGUAACGGUUUAACUCCAAGGGAGCACUACCCACAAAAACACAAACCUCCACAAACUGACAGUCUCGACUCGUCACCCAUCGCUGGAUGUUCUCCACUUACCCACCAUUAAUACAGUAAUCGGCUGCUAAACCAAGUAAUAACAUUAUAUAUGAACUGUGUUUCCUACUUGAUUACAGAUAAAAGAACUGAGUGUUUAUUUCCCUUAAUAACCAAGAACUUUUGUACACGUUGAAGAUAUUAUAAGACGACGACAACAACAAAGUGUUUGCAAUGUUCGAAUGGAAUUAUUGCUGAGAUCUGAGAAAACCAGUCCUUUACAUGUAAGCUAAUAACUUCAGCACAAAUCAGAUGUUUUAGUAUUUCUUUUGUUUGUUUUUUUUUUUCUUUUUUUUUUUUAAACCAAAAUUUCAAAUCCUCUGAAGAGGUUGUCAUGGUAACCAUGCCACUCAUAUAUGACGAGCAUCACCUGAGGGCUACUCGAGAAUCUAGAUGGCAAAAUGUCAAUAUGUCAGUCAGCAUGGAAAGAAAGAGGGACAGGGUGGAGGUUCAGGAUAACCCAUGCAAGGUCGCGAGUGCUCACUGUACUGCAGACUUACUCUGAUUAUUAGGAAGCGGUUCUCAACAUGUUUGACCUCUGCAGAGACGUCCUACCAGUGUAUUUUUAUUCAUUGAAAAUAACUGUCAUGCAGAUGAGUAUGCUAUGUAUUUGUGUCUUGUUGUCAUGCAAAAGUGUAUAAAACAAAGGUACUUUUAACAAGGAAGAGCAGCGACAACAGCAAGAGUACUUUUAGAAACGUUUUUGUAACAAAAAAAACAAACAAACAAACGGUUUCAUCCCUAAACUACCAGGCCCCUGGACAAAUGUGCAAAAGAUGGGAAAAAUAUGUAGAAAAAUAUAUAUAACAUAUGAUUUUGUGAAUCAGCUGUAUUUCAGUGCUUACGGAGAAGAAGAAAAAUACCCCGCGUUUUCAGUGGGGGAAAUUUUAAAGAACAAUCUCUAGAAGAAUUAAAAAGUUCUAUCAGUCUACCAAUGAGAGUAUGAGUGGCGCCAAGGAAUGCUGUUGUUGCAUGUUGACCUGUACACAGCUACAUUGAGGUGGACUUCUCAAUGUGCGUCCUCAAGGACCUUCUGUUUAGCGGUUUCAUAGACAAUGUCCUGUCUGAUAAUGUUUGGUCACCUAGUUGAAUGAGUUAUGAUUUUGAGAAGUGUGUUACGUUGCACCUGUACAUACAAUAUCAAAUCCUUGACUGUUUGAUCAGACAUGAACGACAGGCCUGUUGCAAUGAAAUCCCUCUCUCUCUCUCAGGGGUCCUUCAGGACCUGUGUUGGGAGAGCUCUAGCCGGAUGCAUGCAAGUCUACGGUGAAGCCCAGUGACGGUGGUGCGUCCUUCUCGUUGUGGCCUGUGCGGAAGAACAAACUCUGAAAAGGAUGUGGUGUUUGUGGGUAUUGAUAAUCCACAGAUUUUUUUCCCGAUAAGGCACGCACUCAUUGAAAAAAGGGCCUUGGUUCCUCUCGGACUUUGAGGAUAUUUAUAAAGGAAAUCACUUGAUCUGAAACAAAGUGGUUAUUCACUCAUAGGCAAACACAGCAGUGUUGGCGUGGAGUUGGAAGGCGCAUGUUUGAAACUUAUGAAGUCUGUUGUGUUGGCUGAGCUCGGCCUACAGGUGAAGCAUGUAAGCGGCCAACCACUCUGUUCAGAUUAACUGGCUUUAUUUAUAAACUCCCAACUUCUGAGAGGUGCUCUGCACAUAGGUCUGUUGGUUAGCUAUACCAUCUGCAGAAGCUCCCUUCCAGAGAUGUCCCACGGCUCCAACGAAAAGGACGCAGCCAGCGAGAAAGCUUGACCGUCGGCCGACGUGCACUUGGCCAGGAGAGCCCGACUUUAAUGUUACUUGUUGGGGAGCAUACUCUUCAGCAUUUAAACAGUCUGGUGCCUUACACUCCACAUGCUUACACGCUGGCUGGUGCUUUGGAUCUAAGUUUGGGUUCUUGUCUUUUCUUUUACCUUUUUGUUUGCGGUUCUGUUCAGCAUGGCUCCUUCACAUACUUUUGCAUAACAUCUUGGUUCUCACAGGCUCACUUGGUAUCCUAGUAGGAAGUUUGGACAUUUCACUGAUUGUAUUCAGAGUUCUUUCCCUACACCAAUCCUUACCCUGACUAUUGACUCAUCUUCCCUCAUUUCUCCCAUCAUUGUCCCCAAAAUGCAUCCAGGCAUCAGCCCACAUGUAAACACAGAGAGGGGUUGGUAGCCUUGACAAUGCACAAGAGCCUUCCUACUGUUCUUCACAUGUCAGGCCUUGGCCAGCGUCAGGAAGGGCAAGGGGUGAUUGGUUGUGGACUGGGUUUGGCUCUGGGUGCCUAAUUUCGUCCCAUUGUGAGGUUGUCUGCUCAAAGCUCUGGCGCUUGGCAGUAAUGUGUCAUUUGUCAGUGGCUGAAUUCCUCAUUUACAGGGUAUGGCCAGCAUGUCCUGUUGGUUUGUUUUUUUUUUUUUCUUUCUUUUCUUCCCCCUCUCUCACUCUGUCCAGCAUUAUUCCACAGCACUUGUCAACUCUUUGGCUCACAGAGUAUCUUUUGUUUUGUUUUCCUUUCCAUUGCUAUAUUUCAUUACUGUGUGCAAUAUUGAACGUGCCAAUAGCGGCAUUAUAUGUAUAUCGAUUAAAUAUAAGGGUUAAUAUUUGAAAAGCAUGUGGUUGAAUUCCACAUUUAUUACUAUGAGGUUUGAAAAGCCUUUAUCUGCACUUAUGUAAAACAAAGUCUGAAUCUAGAAGAGAAUAAACCAAGCUUAAUGAGCAAGCUCCACCCAACCUGGUGAAGCCAAUCUAACCCAGUUAACUAGCCACUCUUCACUUUUAGUGAUCAUCCAUAUACUCCUUGUCCCCCGUUGUACUGUCUCUGUUUCUCUGAGG